AUGUUGGAUGAACAUCCUGAAGUGGCUCGGGUCAUGCUCUGUAGCUACAGCAAGAACAAACUUCUCAAGGUUCGUCAAGAGUUUGAAAUGGCCGGGAUCGAAGACACGACGGAACAUCAAAAGAUCAUUGCAAAGGGCUGUUUACCGACCGCAGUGGGAAUACUAAACAAAGGGAUCACAGACCAGAGGGAUAGUCUCGAAAAGUUAGAGACUACAAUCAAGGAUCUUGAAUCCCAUAAUGAGAAAUUAUCUAAAGAGAAUAGUUUACUUGAUGCGCAAUUGCAUGGUUUAUUUGUCUUCUGA